AUGGCCGACGGAGAUAAAAACAGUGCCGAAGAUGGCACCGGAAGUGGUAUUGCCGGUACGGAACAGGCAUCACCAGCGACACGCCGACCGUUGUCGGUGAUCCGGCUGAAGGAGAAGGGGAAGAAGCUUGCCUCCGCCCAUAUACAUCGGGAGCUGACCGUGAACGGUACGUCGGACAGUUUGAACCGGCUGUUGGAUGAUUUGCUGUCGCCCGAGAGUUCGAUUUCCAACAGUGAAAACAUCGAAUGGUGCCGCUGGCUCGUUGCUGGUGGCCGAACGCCGGCCGAGUUCGCUUCGAUUGUGCGUGCAUACGACAACCAUGCCAAAUGCGGGCUGGUGUGGAUACCGCACGUGGUCGCGUAUCGAUGUCGGACGUGCGGCAUCUCACCGUGCAUGUCGAUCUGUCGCGACUGCUUUAAGCGCGGUAACCACCGGAACCAUGAUUUCAACAUGUUUCUGUCGCAAGCCGGCGGUGCCUGCGACUGUGGCGAUACGUCCGUGAUGAAGGCGGAAGGUUUCUGCAGUGACCAUGGGCUGAACAACUGCCAGAACAAGGCGCCCGUACCGGACGAUCUAAUGCUGGUGGCGGAAGCGAUGAUGCCGCGGCUGAUCCUGCGCAUGCUGCUGCACUUCCGCGAGUACAGUGCCACCAAUCUCGAUUCGGCCGACUGUCGGCGGACGGCGGAGUACUGUAACGAUUACUGCGCCAUGCUAAUGGAGUUCAACAACAUGGGCGAGCUGAUGCGGCGCGUAAUGACCCGCACACUGAUCGAUCGGGGCGUGUACCGUCGUCUGCAGGAACCACCGUACCCGUCCCUCUGCUACAGCAUGUACUUGCGCGACGGAUGGGCACAGUACAAGGAAGCGUUACGUCAGUUCCCGUCGCCCGAUCCGCCGCCCAACUAUGCCCAUUUGGCCGCGCUGGGCCGCACGAUCGUGCACGAGACGUUGCUGGAGGAGUUUAUCUUUUGGACGUUUAAAUACGAGUUCCAGCAGCAGAUCGUAUGCUUCCUGCUUAACAUGCUGCCGGAUCAGGACUACAAGGAACACCUUACGCGCACAUUCGUGAUGCACUACUGUCGCAUACCGAGCGUGCUGGAGCUGUCGAGCGAUCCGGACACGCUCAGCAACCGGGUGGUACACAUGAGCGUUCAGCUGUUUUCGAACGAGAGCCUCGCACUCAAGAUGGUGCGGGAGCUGUCGCUGCUGCACGUGAUGAUCAUCAGCCUGCGACAGAUGAUGUCCAAGAUACUGACGCCGCACACACUUCACACGCCGGAACACAACUUCCAUUACGUGGUGGACUGUGCCGAGCGCGUAAUGAAGGAGCAUUGCUACUGGCCGCUCGUAUCCGACUUUAAUAACGUGCUGUCGCAUGAAUCGGUCGCCCUCGUCUUCCUGGAGGAUGACGAUCUGAUCGAUAUGUGGUUCCAGUUCCUAUCGAUGCUGCAAGGAAUGAAUGUCAACAUUCGCGAAAUCAUCAGCCAUGUAGAGUACGAGUCCAGUUCCUACUAUGCCGCCUUCAGUUGCGAGCUGGAGGCGAGUGCCUACCCGAUGUGGUCUAUCAUUUCACACCUGCAAGAACCGUCCCAUGCAUCGCUUGCGAAAAAGAUAAUGAUGUACUGCGUGAACUAUCUGCAGGAAUGGCUCGACGCAAUCAACUUUUACCAGCAACCUAGAUUCGAAAAGGAUGAAAUGUCCCGGGCAUCGUUUCACUUUCCACUGCAUCGCUAUCUAGCGGCAUUUAUCUGCCAGGGCGUGAAGACCAUGAGGAUGUCAUUGACCGAUAUGCUACCGUCCGCAGACCUGUUACCGAAGUUAAUGAUGCAUCCACUACGUGUACAGAGUCUUUUCUACGAGAUAUUGUCGGGUGUAUGGGUGCGCAACGGACUGCAGAUCAAGGGUCAGGCAAUGACCUACAUACAGGCCAACUUCUGCAAUUCGAUGGUGGACAUGGACCUGUUCUUCCUGCAGAUCUGUGCAACGCAGCUACCACCGAACCUGUUCGUCAGCGAGUGCAUUAUGAUGUUUGGCGUUGAGGACUGGUUGGGCAUGAGCGUGCUAAGCACUCCACCGGAGAUGGAGCAAGACUCGAUGCUGGAGGGGUUGCUAACGUUCCUAGCGACACUGAUCACGUCGCGUAUUAAUCUCGGUAACGACGAGACGACGCAGUGCGUGAUCGAGAUCAGUGCGCUGCUUGCCACCGGCGAUAAAACGCACAGCCAGCUGUUAGAGCUGAUGCCGGAACGGAGCGGUAACGCGCAUACGCGCAACUUCGAACGCUACCUGAAGGAGCUCUCGAUCUACCGGUCGCCGCCGGUCGGGUCGGAGAACCUCGAGCAGGGUUUGUUUAUGCCGGUGCCGGCGGUGUGGGAGCGCCAUUACGACCCGCUUCACGUGUUGUUGCGGGCAGUGCAUCGGCGUGACUUCCAGAACUCGCUCGACCGUUUCGGUGCAUACGUGAAGCAGGUUGGCAAGAUGCCACGUAGCGGUAAUCUGUGGCCACCGUUUCGGUUGCCCAGCUCGUGCGGUUCGGCGUACAGUGAUCCCGGGGCAAUACUCGGCUCCCGCAUCCUGCACGCAACGAUACUAGCCAUCUUUUACCGUGCCGUGCACAAGCACAACGUGUCGGAGCAUAUGCUCGCGCUGGCCGUCUUCCUGCUGGAGAUGGCGGUAUGCAAUGCUGGUGCGGUAGGUGGUGAGGCUGCGACCAGUCGUUCGACUGUGGGCGACAGUGCGGCGGCAAGCAAAAGCAUGGAGGAGCAGUCCAGUUCGGUCGGUGCGGUUAAUGAGACGGUACCGGAUCUGCUGAACUGCUAUCCCAGCAACUGUUUGAGCGACAACCUUAAAAUGACGGUGAAGCGCAUUUCACUGUUGCCGGCAAUGCGUCGCUCGCCCGUUUCCUACCGCCCGCUUGACGGUGGUUCACCGCCGUUCGACAGUGACGUCGAAUGGGAUCUAUCCGAGGAUGAAACCCUUAUGAUGAUCGGGAGCAAUGCGGAGUGCGAAUCAGCCCCCGGAACGGUGGCGACUGGCAACACCGCUGGGAGUAGUGCAGAGCGAGGCCUCGGCGGUGGACCGGGUGGAGUCGAAUCGGAUCAACAGCUCGUGCCGUCGCGAGGCAUUGGUAGUGGUGUCGAGGUGGUACCCUUGACUCAGGACCUCUCGCCGAUGGGAAACAGCGUAGUGUUCCCGGGGCGUCGUCCCGCAAUUCACGCACCACCAUCCGCAUCCAGCACGGCGACCAGCACUACCACCACCCAGAUGGUGGUGGAGGAGGAAGAAGACGAUGUGAAUGAUGCGGAACUGGAAGAUAGCGAUCGUUCGAGAGACACAGCAACGACGGCCACAGUCACGGCGGGAGGUGGUAGUUCCGGGCAGCAGAUAACCACGGAGAUGGCUUUAAGACGACGGCAUUGGCAUUUGUUGCAACGGUUGCUUGGCCAACAGACGGGUGGCGUUGUUGCACCCGAGCCACAGGAUGAAGACAUGCCCGCGUAUCACGUGAUGGAUGCAGACGGUGAUGUGGUGGUGGAGGAGGAAGAGCAGCAAUCGAGCGAGUUGCUAGCGAUGCGCGCUCGCUACCUGAUGCUAGAACGGCGACGCAGCAGCGUUGGCAAUGCGAACAUCGUACAGCCGGCCGAUGUCGACGACUACAUCGAUGACGAGGAGGACGAAGAUGAUGAUGAUGAGGAGGAGGAAGAGGAGGAGGCAAACAAUGACGGUGUUACUGGCAGGCAGCAACAGGAAGGAGGUGUAGAGAAUGGUGGUAGCGAUGGACAGCGCCGGCAGGAGGAUGAGGAUGACGAGUCGGCAGACAUUGCGGAUAUACAAUCGAUAGUGCCACGAACGCUGUUGGUGGGUGGUCGAACCCGUGCCCUGCAGCUUGGUGGUAGGCGGCGACAAGAUGGAGGUCCACUGCAUCACCACCAUCACCAUCACCAUCAUCAUCACCACCACCCGUCCGGGGGUGGAGUGGGUCCGGCUUCGCUCAUACGCACAAACGGGCCGGCCAGAGCGACCGAGUUUAUCGUGGAGGAAUCCGCCGACGAAGUGCCCGGUACGGGGAUCAUCGGCAAUACUGAGACCGGCGUUGAGCUGAUGAUUCGGCACGAGUUUGUGUCCGUCCCGGGUACCGGUGCGGACGGUAGUGGACAGGAGAUAGCGAUUCCACAACAGCAACCGCGUGCCCUUACCCCACCCGUCUUUGGUGCGUCAUCGGUGGGCGAUGUUGUCGGCGGGACAGGAGGAGUGACAAGUGCAAGUGAACCACCCGGUGCUGGUGGUAUGCUGCUUCCUUUUAACAGGGUCACACCCGCCACUGCGACGACAGCAACUACCGCGGGUGCAAGUUUGAGUGUGGUACCGCAGCAGCCGAACCAGCUGCAGAACUACUACCAUGCUAAUCAUCACCAUCAUCAUCACCAUCGGCACCACCAUCAUCAUCACCAUCAUAAUCAUCUCGCGGGGUCGGGCGCAGGUGCGACAGCAGGGGGCAGCACGGCAAGUGCUGGUGGACAGCAACAAAACCCACAAUCACUGCAACAGCAGACACCACGGCACUACCAUCGCAGUUUGCAACCGACCGGUGCAGGAGGCCAUGCGCAGAUGGGACCGAGCGGUGCUGGCGGUGCCAGUGGUGCUGGUGGAGCCACCAGUGGUCCCGUCUCGGGAGGUGGACAGCCCAACUGGACGCGUUUCAAGAGACGCAACUUGAUGAGCAACCAUCGGCAGGCAGGCGGUGCCAACACGGGAUCGGGUACUGGCUGUGAAAUGACCCCGCGCGAGGGUAUUGGCAUUGGUGGUGGCGGUGGACGAGGAGAUGGCUCGAAUGAAAACGAUACGAUUGUGCUGGAGGAGUCCAUCAUUUCACUGCUGUUGAAGUUACACUCACAGUUAAGCGGCGCCCUCGACAGUUUCUCGCUGGACGACGAAACCGAAGAUGAGCUGUCGGUCGGUGGUGGUAGUAGUGGAGGGGGUGGAGGCUCGGCAACCAAUCAACCUGCAAUGGCUUCAUCGUCCUCCUCUGUUCCGAGCCAGCAGCAGCGUGAUGAUGAUGAUUACGCCAAAAUGGAGCUGGACGAAGACGAUGGUACACCGUCGGCAGGUGGUAGAAAUAAUGAAGCUAGUCAACAAAAGGAACCUGCUGCACAUGGGCAGCAGCAGAAGAGGCAACAGCAGCAACACCACCGCCGGGGUCGUAUUUCCGAUUCACGCAUCGGUGAUGGUCCGUUCUUCAUAGGCAAUCUGUUGCGCAAGAUCGCGGCACUGGACGAAACAUGUGCCGUGCGUAUUGAACAGAUCCGGGCGGAACUGUGGCCGAACCAAAGAGAGCGCCAGGCGGAGCAAAAGGCGCGCGAGGCACGCGAAAAGGAGGAACGAACCAAGCGUGCCAAGGAGCGCCAGAAAAAGAUGAUGGAAGAGUUCGCCAACCGGCAGAAGCGCUUUAUGCUGCUAACGAUGGCAUCGAUGGGUGGCGAUUCGUCCGGGAUGGAUUUCGGUUUUGGCGAAGAGGAAACGGAGGGCGAAGGUGGCGGUGAUACGGCUGCGGCGCGGGUAGCAGCAGAGCGUCGGGCGGCCGAAGAGCAGCAGGCGGAAGCGUUACGCGAGAAGGAGUAUGACUGCAUCAUCUGUAACACGUCCGGUCCGAGCACGGAAACGAACCCGAUCGGAUUAGUUGUGCUGGUAGAAUCAAGCAGUGUGGUGGGCCAUCGCAGGACACGAUCGGAGCGGUUAGCGUUACCGUUGAGCAAGGAAGAUCUGGUACGGCUAACGCAGAGUGUAACGCUAGCGAGUGAGUUCAACAAGCGUAUCGAUCAGCUGCAGUGGAAGUUUGGUCAGACGUCUUGGUUUCUGUCACACAACAUCGGCUGGGAGGGUGGUGUGCACAUACAAUCGUGCGGCCAUCAUGUGCACCUAUCCUGUCAGGUCGCUUACCUGAAGUCACUCCACACGCCUCGCAGCCCGAACAACCUGAACAUGGAGUUGGGUGAAUUCUUCUGUCCGGUCUGUCGGCAACUGGCGAACUCGGUUUUGCCACUGAGUCCGGCACUCGAUCGGCCAGCACCGUUGAUACGUGCCCCAACGCCACUACAUCGUGCGCUAGUGCUGGAGCUGGUUCAGCUGUUUCACGAAAGCAAACGGGCACCGAUGGCGAGCAAGUUCUGUGAAGCGAUGGGACGUGCGAUGGGUAACAUUACUGCGUGCACGCAGCGUAACAUCAAGCGUUAUCCGGUAACGCUACAGAGCCUGUUCUCGUUUGUACUGUCGAUUGCACGCACCAACCUGGAGGCAGAAGUGAUACAGCGCGGUGGUUCGCUGUGCAGCACGGAAGACAUUCGUUACAAGCCGAAACGGGAUUGCAUAGUACCGCUGCUGCACGUGCUAUCGCUCCACGUCCGACUGAUGAUCAACGAUGACUGGUUUAAGGUGGGUGACGAUUGGCCGUGGCAUUCCUGGUCACGGCUUGCCGGUAUUCAGCUCGCGUACGGUACGGCCGAUGUAGGCGUGGAGGCGAGCGAAGAAUCGGUUGAACGUUUGGCGAUGGUACCAGCACGGAAUACUGGCAGUGGAAGUGGUGAUAACCCAACCCGCCACGAAGUCGACGACGAUGACGAUGAUGAUGAGGAUGAUGAACCGAAGGAUAGUAAGCAUCGAGCACGAAUAGCGGCCAGCAUACGCGGUAUGUUGUUACCACCACCUCCAGCGGACGCUAGUGAGGAAGGAGCGGUAUUGAGCACCCCGUCGGCGUCAUCCGGUACGGCAAUGGCAUCAAUUGGUGGUACAGCGCCAUCUGCCACCUCGACGACAACGACGACCGCUGCCACCAGCACAAUCGUGGACGCGGCACCCAUUCCCGAUCUGAUUAGCGAUCCGACAGCUCUAAUGCUUAAGUUCAUCCUGCUUGCACCACUCCACCUCGACCAGGCGUAUUUUACAUGCAUCGUGAAGGUGAUGUACAACUUGCUAUACUAUCAAAUAGUGCUACAACUUUGUACACACCUGACGGAUGAAGAGUGCAAUGAAAUCCUUGCCCGGUACGGUCCAACAGCACAACCAACACCGGUAAAAGUGCGAGAGCGUGGGGUCCCGAACAUCGGGGUGGCAAUGGCGUUCAUGUUAAAUCAACUGGACCGCUGCCGACUCAUUCGCAGCGACAGCAUACUGAUGGGCGGUAUAGGUGGCAGCCGUGACGGUCUGGAAUCGGUUUCCAGCGACUCAUCAUCGAUGGACACUAGGGCAGCAGGUGCUGGAACCACCAGCAAGCGCCUUAACAUCGAUGUAUAUGAGAAGCGUUUGCAACGGCUGUGCUUGCCGUUUCUGCGUGUAGCUGCACUGUUGCGCCACCAUAUCUAUCGUGCGGAGAUACCGGAAAUAGCCGGACCGCAGCUGGAGUUUGCACGGCUUGUUUAUUUUCUAGAGCUGGUAACGGUAUCGAUGGACUGGGACAAGUUCAAUGCAAGCAAGGCGCUGUGCUUUCUUAGUGGCACGGAAAUAGCGUUGCCGAAGAGUUGGUGUUAUCAGCUGCGCCACCUUCGUCCGUCGUACGCGUCGACACGCUCGCUCAUUGUCCAGCAGCAUAUAGAGUGGCGUCAGCCGAAGCUUCUCGGACUGCCCCGUGAAUACGAAAGGCUGUUUACGUAUUACCACGAGCAACCGUGCCAGAAAUGUCAGAACGUGCCGAAGGAAAGCUCCAUUUGUCUUCUGUGUGGUACGAUCGUGUGUAUCAAACAAACGUGCUGUAAGGAAAUGGACUGCUGUGAAGCAGUGCGGCAUUCGAUUAGCUGCGGGGGAGGGACAGGCAUUUUCCUCGUGAUCACUUCUACUUACAUCAUCAUCAUUCGGGGACAUCGGGCGUGUCUGUGGGGCUCGCUUUACCUAGAUGAUUACGAUGAGGAGGAUAGGGAUUUGAAACGCGGUAAACCACUGUAUCUUAGCGAAGAUCGAUUCAAUCUGCUCGAAUCACAGUGGCUUUCGCAUCGAUUUGCCCACACCAAGCACAACUGGGUUUGGCAUCGCGAUUCGCUGUAAACAGCAACAUUGUACGCUCCCGUAAUACCGGCUACGGCUUUCAUGUGUUUGAUAGCAUAUGGCACCGUAAAGUAUGGAAAUUAAAUAACGGCCGUGGGAAAAUGAUAAACCGUGACAGAUGAAUACGAAUCGGUAAAAAUGGUAACCGAAAUUUCUAUAUUGGAUAUGCGAUCGUGUUGUGCGGGCGUACCGUUUUGUGAUAUUUUUCUACAACCUCACCAAGGAUCGAAUUUGGCUAGCAAACUGUAAGAGCAAUGCCAGAACAAAAGAGAGACAUGUAUUGGACACAGAGCUAAAGAGAGAAGAAGUGAAGGAAAAAAUGAGGAAGUGCAAGCCCAGGGUAGAUUAUUUUAAGUUUUCCCUAGCAUUACAACGUAAUGACGGAAGCUGAAUGUUGAUGAUGACGAUCAUGUUCUCGAUGAAGGGCGCGCGCCAUUAGAGUCUGACUUACCGGACGUGUUGUCCAUUUCAAUAUCCCUACCUUCAAAAAUACGUGCGAAACAAACAAAAAAAAAAACAGCUACCGAGAGAGUGAGAGAUAAAGAGUAUGAGAGGAGAGAGCAAAAAUUAAGAUGAAGAAAAUGGUCGAACGUCAAAAUGGUGGUAUUUUGUGACAAAAUUGUGAUAUAUAUACUCUAUUUUUACCAUUGUCUCUCCAGGGAACGGCCACUUGUGUCCUUUUUACACUCAUUUUCCUUCCUCUCACGCCAUCCUCACCCCACCACACACCAUCUUUACCAUGAUAUAUCCCCCAUUCCUAUCCCCAUUCAUUCCCUUUCCUUCGUUCCUUAGGCGUUCUUUGUUGUAACGCCAGCACCGCAGGCUCAUCUCCAAAGCCUUGCACUGGUUGGUUAUCAUUUCCUUUAUCAUAUUUGUUAUUGAUUUGUUUUUUUUUCUUGAAGGGAAGUUUAAACGAUUGUAUAUGCGCCGUCGAGGCAAUCUUAGCUACACACAUACACAUGCGUAUUUAUGUAGGCAUAUACAAGCAUAUAUUAAAACAUUAUAUAUGUUACAUAGUUAGCUAUAAUUAGGAACUGCAAAUGAAGGAUUGUGAAAUAAGUAUGCGUAACGAGUUAGAAGCAUAGUGAAAACUAAAGGUGAACUAAACGCAAAACAGAUAGCGUGAAUCAGAUAACGAGACUAAGCAUACCCUACUUACCAUGCCGCAUAUCGUAUGUGGUAUUUGAUAUAAAGGAUGAUAUUAACCCUUGUUCCUGGUGUGCUAGAAAUUAAUACUUACACAUAUAUUAAUCUCUGCUCCGUGUCCCUCAGAGCGCUAGGUAUAUUAUUCAAUUGAACUCUUCGUAUACAGUUUAGAGCACCUGCGUUGCAAGAUGUAAUAGGUAUGCUAGUUAAAGAUUAAAGCUGUAACAUCUUCUACUAUUCCCUAUCGCCACCACGUAAAGAGUUCUCACAUGCCGUCUGCUUCAAUACCGUACAUGUAAUGUUUGGAUGUUUGGCUGUUUGAAUGGUAUAUGUGAGAAUGGAUUCAUGUGAAGCGUGUGUCGUACUUCGUGUGCGGUGUUACUCCUCCUAACUAAAGGCUUCUGACAUUCGUCGCUGAAAGUCUGCAUUUUUGGGGAUGGGAAGUGUAGCGAAAUGCGAAAUUGUGGCCCAAUAGAGCGCAAGUUAUUGCUUAACAAGCAUCGACGGUAGGUCGCUGGCUGGAAUUGUAAAGAAUUAUUAGAUAAGCGCAAAGGAAAGAGAAACGCAACCGUGCACAUCCGCUGAGAAAGAAGCCUGGAAGGGAGAAAAAACACAAUCACUAUCAGGAUAGAAGUUGGAUUCAUAAUUCGCAGGACGGCUGCGCCUGUUGUUUUGUUGAGGAUGUUCAACAAUAUGAUUGUAACAUUUAUUAGAAUAUCAAAUUACUCGGGUGAAAAGAGAAAUGGGUUGUUGGUUGGCUAACUGCAUUCAUCUUUAGUUAGUUUGGAAGAGGGAGUUUCCUUCUCCUACCCUGCUAAUUUACCCUGGUGAAAUGUGGCUACAAGGUCCACAAAUUUUCCAUUUGUCGGCGCUUUCUUUUGAAUUUUGUUCCGUAUCUAGCUAUGAUGAUAUAGUCUGGUACGAGUAUAUGUCACUCGCGUAUAUAUGACUCGCGAUGAUGACGUAUGUCGGCGUUACAGCUUACCGCUCCUUAAUGAAUAUUACAAUUAUUCUUAAAUUCUUGUAGGGUUAUGAUUAAGCACGGUUAUAAUUACGGAUUAUUACGUUUACUCUCUACCCCGCUAAUGUGUAUGAACUCUACGAAUUGUGUAUAUUGAAGUUUAGUGUUAAUAUAGUAGAUAAAUGUAUCAUCGUAUGCAUCGUAAACGUUGA